AUGGAGGAUAUCGAAGAUGGGAAAGAAAAUGAUAAAAUUGAUGAACGUCGUGGAAAAUCAUGGUUUUCAGAAGACAACAAUACAACAAACGAACAAUCACAAACGAAUCCUUUACGUUUAAUUUAUUCUGUCGAUGAUGAUCCAUCUUUGGGUAUGUCAUUCUUAUUGGGUCUUCAGCAAUAUUUAACAACUGUCGGUGGUAUAUUUUCAAUACCUUUUCUAUUAUGUCCGGCAUUAUGUAUUUUAAACGAGGAUCCAAGUCGUGGUUACAUAAUGUCAACAAUAUUUAUUAUAUCCGGUAUAGCAACGCUUUUGCAGACGACUUUUGGCGUUCGGUUACCCAUAAUUCAGGGAUCCAGCAUAACGUACGUAGCUUGCACACUUGCCAUAUUGAAUCUUCCUCGGUGGGAAUGUCCCAAUAAGGGGGAUUUAUAUGCCAUGGGACAUGAAAACAGAUCGGAAGAAUGGAUGAUGAGAAUGAGAGAAAUACAAGGAGCUGUAAUUGUUGCAUCUUUAGCAGAAGUUGUCGUUGGAUACUUGGGUUUGGUCGGAAUUAUCCUUCGCUAUAUAACGCCAUUAACAGUAACUUCAACCAUAACCUUAGUGGGUUUGUCAUUAGUGAGUCACGGUAUAGAACUAUCGUCGGGAAAUUGGUACAUUUCACUGACAACCGUUGCUUUACUCGCCAUUUUUUCACAAUAUCUUCGAAACGUUAAUACAAAGUUACCAAUUUACACUCUCGUCAAAGGAUGGCAUUUGAUUAACAUAAAAGGAUUUCAAUUGUUUCCCGUUCUCCUUACGACGAUAAUCGUUUAUUUUAUUUGUUAUUUAUUGACUCGAUUUGAUUUGUUGGAUGAUAUCGAUCCGGCGAGAAUCGAUGGAAACAUAAAUAUUAUCGAUAAUACCGAUUGGUUUAGAGCACCCUAUCCAUUUCAAUGGGGAUGGCCAACAUUUACAAUUUCAUCAAUUUUUGCCAUGUUUACAGCUGUUUUAGUUGGUAUCAUUGAAUCCGUUGGUGAUUAUUAUGCAUGUGCUAGAAUAUGCGGACAACCAACACCACCGAUUCCAGCCAUUAACAGAGGUAUCGGAACGGAAGGUUUUUCAUGUAUUUUGGCUGGAUGUAUGGGUAUCGGUACGGGUGUCACAAGUUUUAGUGAAAAUAUCGGUGCCAUUGGAGUAACACGAGUGGGAAGUAGAAAAGUAAUACAAUGCGGUGCGAUAAUAAUGAUAAUAUUAGCUUUUUUCGGUAAAGUAGCUGCGACAUUUUCAACAAUACCGACUCCGGUUGUGGGUGGAUUACUUUGCGUUUUAUUUUCUAUCAUCACAGCCGGGGGUUUAACGAAUCUCUCUUACGUAAAUAUGUCAUCGACGAGGAAUAUGUUUGUUUUAGGUUCAUCUUUAUUUUUCGGAAUUGGUUUGCCACAAUAUUUAAAACAUAAUGAAGAAAUAUUUUUAAUUACCGGAUUUUUACCAUUGGAUCAAUUAGUCAGAAUACUUUUAUCAACGCCGAUGUUUAUCGGAGGUUUUAUAGGGUUUAUUUUAGAUAAUACAAUACCAGGUACACCGGAAGAAAAAGGGAUUUUAGAAUGGAAAAAAGAGAAAAAUUUAAGCGGUAACGAAAGUGCGGAUAGUACUCAAAGUAAAAUUUAUAAACUACCAAAAUUUAAAUUUUAUACUUUUAAAAAAUUUAAAGAGGAAGUGACGUCACUUUUAAGAAGAUCAAAAUGA